AUGAAAUGGGCAAUCGAGCUUGGGGAAUUUGACAUAGAAUUCAAACCGCGUCCGUCUAUCAAAGCCCAAGCUCUAGCCGACUUCAUUGCAGAACUAACCCCCAGGCCUCGGGGGCCAGGUAAUAACUCGAGCAUGAGCACUAAUUUGGACACUUGGCAAAUAUUUGUGGAUGGAGCAUCGAACUCCUCGGGCUCGGGCGCAGGGGUCAUCAUCAUCAGCCCUGACAAACAAACGGAGAUCCAAUGCGCUCUCAGGUUCGAGUUUGAAGCAACCAACAACGAGGCCGAGUAUGAGGCCAUCGUUAUUGCUCUUGAGCUAGCCCUUUGCCUAGAGCUCGAGUUCGUAAAGGUAUUCAGCGAUUCACAGCUAGUGGUCGGACAGAUUGAAGGAUCAUUUGAAAGGAAGGAGGAGAAAAUGAGUUUGUACUGUAUGAAGGUUCAGGAUCUUCAGCGAAAAUUCAAGAGCUGUGAAAUUACAAAAAUUGCUCGAAAGGACAACGGAAAAGCCGAUGCAUUAUCCAGGCUUAUGUUCAUGGGGGUAGACGGCCUUGACAGGACGGUUCACAUUAAAAUCAUCACAGAACCCAACAUCAGUCAAAUCCUCGACAUCAUGGACAUUGACAACAAACCAUCCUGGAUGGACCCGAUCAUAGAAUUCCUUACAAACGGAAAUCUACCAAGUGAUGCCAGGUUGGCCAGAAGCAUCAGAGACCGAGCUUCUAGGUACUGCAUGAUCAGCGGUGUCCUUUUCCGCAGAAGUAUUACUCUUCCGUACCUAAGGUGUCUCAGGCCAUCAGAAUCAUCCCAGGCCCUUGCUAAAGUUCAUGAAGGUGUGUGCGGGAAUCAUCAAGGAGCCAGGGCCUUGGCCUUUAAACUCGUACGACAUGGAUACUACUGGCCAACUAUGAAAAAAGACGCCUCAGAAUAUGUUAAAAAUUGUGAUAAGUGCCAGAGGUUUGGCAAUGUUAUCCACUCACCAGCCGAAGACCUCACCAACAUUAACUGUUCGGCCCCGUUUGAACAAUGGGGAGUUGACAUCCUCGGCCCCUUUCCUGUGGCAAGAAGUCAGUUAAAGUUUAUUGCUGUAGCAGUAGAGUACUUCACAAAAUGGGUAGAGGCCGAACCUCUCGCCACAAUAUCGGAGCCCAAGCUAAGAGCCUUCACUUGGAGGUCUAUCAUUUGCAGUUUCGCAUCCUCAGAGCAACGGUCUGACCGAGUAACAAAUCGAAUCAUAUUGCAAGACCUCCGAACAAGAAUAAAAGAUGCUAGGGGUUCUUGGUCCGACGAGCUGCCUUCUAUACUUUGGAC